AUGGCACAUAGUCAGAUUAACUAGCACGACGUAUCAGAAAGUUCUUAUCUGGAAAGUAACCUAGCAAGAAACCCCUCUUCACAGAUGGGCAUUCUUAGUGAUUAUAGGAACUCAAUCCCUAAUUCAAGCAAAAACUCACAUUCUAUAAUGCAAGGAAAUAUUUAGGGUCUUAAAUAGCCGCCAUAAAAUAGCAACUUUAAUUCUUGCAUUUCCUCUUCAGGCCAAUCUGUGAAUUAAUGCCUGACCAAACCUUAACAGCAGUAACCAACAUAUUUUAAUAUGCCAGGGACAAACAACUUUCUUGACUAGCAAAAUCAAGCCUAUCCUGGUAGUGGUGCUAAUAACAACUAUGGAUCUGAUGGCAUGGGAGUUUAUGACAUGCACCAAAUGGAUGAAAUGGGCAAUAUGCUUUAGCUUUGUUCUCCCAAUCCUCAUGCAGGGAUUAAUCAAGCUCUAUCAUUCUAAAAUUUUUCAAGCGGUAGUAACUAUCCCACAACAAAUUCAAAUUCAAUCCUCCUAAAUUCUACCAUGAUUAAGCAACCAAGUGAUGAUAAAAGUCAGAGCUUUGGAAUUCCAUAAAAUUUCAAUAAUAAUUAAAGAGAUGUAUUUAUUAGGGAUAAUGCUGCGAAUCAAUACCUCUAAAUCGAUCAAAAUUAAUUCUCAGCUAAUAGUAAUCAUGACCUUUAAGAAAACUUUAAUAUGAGUCAGUACAACAACUAAAAGCUACCUAGCUUCAAUGAGAUUUAAAAUCAAACCUCAAGGCAAAAAGAAUAUAGAAAUUCUACAUCAAAUAACUUGAGUAUAUUUAACUAAGGGUAAUCAAAACAACAUAACUCACCUUAUUUUGGUUCUCAGAUGAAUCAGCCUACCUAGCCCUCACCUAAGAGUGUUGCAAGGAUCGACCUUAUUAUGUGUCAUGGCUAAUAAGAAUAGAUGUUGCAUGAGAAGCAAGAGAAAUCUAACACUAAUAGCCAAAUGGCCUUCAGUAAUAAUGUUGGUUCAAUGAAUCUAAGCACUUAAACCAAUAGUUCAAAUCCGAAUAACAUGCAUAGAGAUUCAAUUUUCUCAGACAAGCAAAAUGCAACUUAAAUCUCUCCAAUUCAGUAAAAUAUCAAGUAAUCUCAAUCGUAGUUAGGACUCUCAGAGGUAGAUGAAUAAGACUAAAAAAAUAUCUAGCAAAUCUUAUUUACACCUAAUGGCAAAGAUAAAAUUGGCCUAAACUCUUAGCUAGAAGUUCAAAAUAAUUUGUACUCUAAGGAUCUGUUCGAGCAUGUGACUAAAUCUAGAGAAUAGAUAAAGCAUAACCAACAGAUUUUCAAGAGACAAGAUAAUUUGGAUUUCAAAGAAAACACUAAUCAGCAUUCUCAUGGAAGCCAUUUAGAUAUGAAUGAAACUUUUAACAAAAAUAAUGGGUCGUUCAGUAAGUUUGACUAUUCCCCGCAGUUCUAAUCUUUCCAUUAACUAAUGAAUAAUCCUCUUAGUCCAUCUGAAUACACCUAAAGUAAUUUUCACUUCAAUGAAGAUCAUCAUCAUUUCUUGAGAGUAAAUGGUCAGUUGCAAAAUAAAAAGUAAAGAAGCUCAAAUUCCUAGUUUGACUUGACCUUCUCAAAACAAGAAAGUGUCGAUUAAAUAAGCUUUGGUCAUAUGAUAGGAAAUCAAAUGCACAAACAUGGCUUAAACAAUGUAAAAUAAGAACAAAGCAAUCUAGACUCAAGCCAUGGAGGUUAAAGAUAAUCGUCAGGAUCACAUCAAUUCUGUUAGCAAUGUCAUUAGGAAAGUCUCAGAAGAUUAUUAGAUGAUGAGUAAAAAAAGCUCAAAGAGCUAGAAGCUAUUAAAAUCGAGAAAGCCUAGAUUUUAAAUAAUGUUGCUAAGUACAGACAAGAGUAGUAGGAUAAUUUUAUGCUAUUCUUCUGUGAUAGAGUUGAGGGUAGCAUGACUAGGAAGAUUGGCAGAUUAACACUUCAAGAAAGAUACAUUAAGAUAAAGAAGUUCAAGGAGAAAAAGUAGAAUAGAAUUUGGAAAAAGAAGGUAUCUUAUGAUUGCAGAAAGUAAGUAGCUGAUAAGAGACUCAGGAUAAAGGGUAGAUUUAUCAGAAAAGAAGACCAAAAGAAACUUCUGCAAGAGAUAUUCGGUAAUGGUGAAUUAUUUCCUGAGGAUAUUAAAUAGUUCAAUAGUGGUCUGACAUAAUUGAUGAGUGAGUAUCAAAAAUAGAAAAUGUAGAGAAAUUAACUAGGACCUAAGGACUUCCUGAUACACAAACAAGAUGAAAAAGGAAUCAGACACAGCUUCUUUGACUUCAAGAAAUUUUCAAACUUUAUUGAGGAAGAGGAAGAAGAUUGCUCUACUGAGAGAAAAGCUUAGUCUCUUAAUAAUUCUAAAAUUAAAAGCAAUGAGGAAUAAAAGAAUGAUAAAGAAGGUAAACUCUCAAAAUAAUCUCCAAGUCUACUUUCAUAAACUCCAACCUAAAAAUAAAUAGUAGAGGAGGAAAAAAAUGAUGGACUAGGCAUAAUUAAGUAAUAGACCUAGUUAUCUAACAAAUAAUGCACCUCUUAAAACACUUUAGACGUCCCCCUUAUUUAAGAAAGUAAAAAUUUACCAGUUCAAAUUGUGAAUUAAAAACAGCCAAUUUAUUAACUUCAGUAAUAAUAAUUGAAUACAAGAUCUUCUAAAAGAGAUUUGAAACACUAGCUUAAGAAAGAUAAUAAGAAAUGA